AAGAAUUUAAAGUAUAUUUACUUGAAAAUAAUAACAUUAUUACGUUGAAAGAAGUAGUUCAUAGUAAAAGUCUAUAACUAUAGUAAAGAUAGAAAUUAAAUUGGAUUUUAAUUAUAUUUAAAAUACAGUUUAUUAUCGGAAAAAUGAAAAUUAAAUGUAAGAUAUACUAUAAUAACAUGUGAUAUGAUUGACUUGUAGAUAGUAAAAAAAGUAAAUUUUGGAAGUGAAAGUAAUUUAAAAAAAUGAGUGUAGUGGAUAAAGUUGAAUAUUUUUUGCAGUUUUUUAUGCUCAUGUUUGAAAUGAGUUGAAAUUUUAAUUGUAUACUAAUGAAUGUAUUAGUAAUGCAAUUGACAAAUAUGCCAUGAAGGUUGUGCGUUAAUUAUGUACUGCCAGGAUAAAAACUCAACUGCUUCAAAGAGCAAGGAUGGGCUUGUAACAAUGAGAGAGAAAAAAAGUGGAACCCUGACACGAGUUCAAAAAUUAAAAAAACGAUUAAGUCAUAGCUUUGGACGACUUUCUAUUUCAAAAGAAGAAGCCGAUGAUACUCUUAAUAAUCAACAUUUACCAUUCAAUGGUUAUUCUGAAGAAUUUUUAGAUCGCAUAGAACAAAAUGGUAAUUUACCAACUGAUAAACAGAGAUGUUAUGAUUGGACAAGAGUUGGAGAUCAUGAAAGAGUACACAGACAAUUAUCAGUUUCUAGUGACUCAAAAUUACUAGAUGAAGACAUUAGAGAAGAAGCAAAAGUAAUAUUACGACUUCGACGGCCUGUUCGACCUAAAUCUGAAGUGUUUCUCGGCCCGGAUCCUCCAAGACGAGCCAAACGAUUCUCUGCAUUCGGAGGUGACUCGCCAUUCGGAAAAUCAGAAGCUUACAUGAAACUUGAACAAUUGGGAGAAGGUUCAUAUGCUACAGUUUUUAAAGGUUUCAGUCAUUUAACAAAUCAGGUUGUCGCUCUGAAAGAAAUAAGAUUACAAGAAGAAGAAGGGGCACCAUUUACUGCCAUUCGAGAAGCAAGUUUACUAAAAGAGUUGAAACACAAUAAUAUUGUAACACUUCAUGAUAUAAUCCACACACGUGAAACCUUAACGUUUGUCUUUGAAUACGUUCAUACAGAUCUCUCACAAUACAUGGAAAGAUAUGGCGGUGGAGGUGGCCUUGAUCCACAUAAUGUUAAAUUAUUUCUUUUUCAACUUUUACGUGGACUAUCAUAUUGUCACAGAAGGAGAGUUCUGCAUCGUGACGUUAAGCCUCAAAAUUUGUUGAUCAGUGAAAUUGGAGAGCUGAAACUAGCUGAUUUUGGGUUGGCUAGAGCAAAGUCUGUUCCAUCACAUACUUACUCGCAUGAAGUGGUCACACUUUGGUAUAGACCACCAGAUGUUCUUCUGGGAUCUACUGAAUAUUCAACUUCUUUGGAUAUGUGGGGUGUUGGUUGUAUAUUUGUAGAAAUGUUAACAGGAGUACCAACAUUUCCUGGUGUACGUUGUACAUAUGAUCAACUUGAUAAAAUUUUUAAAAUUCUGGGUACACCUACAGAAGAAACAUGGCCCACAGUCACACAUUUACCAGGUUAUAAACCAAAUCGAUUUGUUUUUUAUCCUUCGAAAAAGCUUGGUUUAUCAUUUCCUAGAUUAUAUGAUAUCGCUGAAGUUGAUAAUAUGGCAUCUUCUUUGCUUCAAUUAAAUCCGGAUGAAAGAAUUGGAGCUGAAGAUGCAUUACAUCAUCCCUAUUUUUCAUCAUUACCAAGGAAACUUUAUGAAUUACCAGAUGCUUCAAUAUUUACUGUUGAAGGAUGUUUUUUACGUGCAGAGUCACGACAGCUGUUUGCAGAUUGUAGACAUACAGCUCAUAAAACGUGAAUACAGUAUGAAUUGUUAUGAAGAGUAUUACGAACAUGUCGAUUUUCAUAAGAUUGUACGAAUAAAUAAUGAAACUUAGAACUCAAAAAAUGAUACGCUAGUGGCAUUCAUUUUGAUAACGUCAGUAAUCUAAUGAAAAGAAAUGUCAUCUUAUUAACCCAACUCACAAUCGUAUUAAAAAUAACUUCGUACUCUUACAAGUAGCCGACGAAAAAUUUUGAAACAAAAUUGUAUAAAAUAUUAAAAGA